UGGAGGAUGGUGAAGACUGAAGAGCGUUGCUGAAGCAGUCCGCCAUUCGUACGGUCGGGCUACCUUUGCCUCAACCUUUGUCUUCCCCUUCUCUGCUUUCUAUAUUCUCGUUCUCUGCUUCCACGCCAUCUUCUCGUUCUCUCUUAGACUCCUUCUCGAACUCGAUUGCCGAGCAUUUGAUCGAGAAUCAUGGCGGUUCUUAGGGUUUAUCUUGGACUUGUAUGAAACCGCAUAGCUUGGUGCGGCCUCCAUCUUCGAUCGGACAACGAUGCUAUGCCGCUCUCUUGCGUGCUCCUUCGGUCCAGAUUUAGGGUUUUCUGCAGCGGAUGGUUGUUUGGACCGAGCCUGGCCUCGAGGAGCAGGAGUUACUGCGGCUAUGCCAUUGAGCAGUUUUCGGAUGACGAGUACGAGGUGGAUUUUGAGGAUCAUAAGGCAUCUCCUUCUGUGGCCAACAUAGAUGAAUGGAGAUGGAAACUGAGCAUGCUUUUGAGAAACCAAGAUGAGCAGGAGAUUGUGUCGAAGGAUAAAAGAGAUAGGCAUGAUUAUGAGCAAAUCUCCAAUCUUGCAAAAAGGAUGGGUCUCUACAGUGAACAGUAUGGAAAGGUGAUAGUUGCAAGUAAGGUUCCUUUGCCAAAUUAUAGGCCUGAUCUGGAUGAGAAGAGACCACAGAGAGAGGUUGUGAUUCCACUUAGCUUGCAAAGGAGAGUGGAGGGUUUGCUUCAGGAACAUGUUGACAGGAUGCAGUUCCCUUUAGGUAUCCGUGGUGGUAAUGCAAAUGAAAAUGAAACUUUAACUAAAGAGAUUGAAGAUGAUGUGUUGACUGAAGAGAAUGAAGACCCUAUGUCAGAUGCAUCAAUUAGGGAAAAGAUACUCCAGAGAAGAAGUGUGAGAAUGCGCAAUCUUCAGAGAUCAUGGCAGGAAUCACCAGAGGGCCUGAAAAUGAUGGCUUUCAGGAAAUCACUUCCAGCUUACAGGGAGAAGGAGCGUUUGCUCUCUGCCAUUGCACGUAAUCAGGUCAUUGUGGUCUCUGGGGAGACUGGGUGUGGAAAAACAACUCAACUUCCCCAGUACAUUCUUGAAUCUGAAAUUGAGUCAGGUCGUGGAGCAUUCUGUAAUAUUAUUUGUACACAGCCACGAAGAAUAUCAGCCAUGGCAGUUGCAGAGAGAGUUGCUGCAGAAAGAGGGGAGCAACUGGGAGAAUCUGUUGGUUACAAAGUUCGACUGGAGGGGAUGAAGGGAAAAAACACACACCUGCUCUUUUGUACGAGUGGUAUUCUGCUGAGACGCUUGCUGGUAGAUCAUAAUCUGGAUGGUGUAACACAUGUUUUCGUUGAUGAAAUACAUGAGCGAGGAAUGAACGAAGAUUUCUUGCUUAUUGUGUUGAAGGAUCUUCUUCCACGCCGGAGGGACUUGAGAUUGGUCUUAAUGAGUGCAACUCUGAAUGCAGAGUUAUUCUCAAAUUUCUUUUAUGGAGCACCAAUGACUCAUAUUCCAGGUUUCACAUAUCCCGUAAGUGCAUAUUAUCUGGAAGAUAUACUAGAGAAAACUGGAUACAAACUGACUUCAUUUAACCAAGUUGAUGAUUAUGGCCAAGAUAAAUUGUGGAAAACACAGAGACAGCUAUUGACACGAAAGAAAAAAAAUCAGCUCAGUUCACUAGCUGAGGAUGCUCUUUCAAAAGCUAAUUUUGAAAACUAUAGUUCAAGAACACGGGACUCUUUAGCUUCUUGGACUCCAGAUUGCAUAGGAUUCAAUCUCAUCGAGGCUGUCCUAUGCCAUAUAUGCAGAAAGGAAAGACCUGGGGCUGUUCUAGUGUUUAUGACUGGAUGGGAUGAUAUCAGUUCUUUGCGAGAUCAGCUGAAAGCACAUCCAUUAUUAGGAGAUCCAAACAGGGUUCUUUUGCUUUCAUGUCAUGGUUCAAUGGCUACUUCAGAGCAGAAAAUUAUCUUUGAGAGACCUCCACCUAAUGUACGCAAAAUAGUUCUGGCUACAAAUAUGGCUGAGGCUAGUAUAACUAUCAACGAUAUCGUCUUUGUGGUUGAUUGCGGUAAAGCGAAAGAGACCUCUUAUGAUGCUUUAAACAAUACCCCAUGUUUGCUUCCUUCCUGGAUAUCUAAAGCAUCUGCACGUCAGAGGAGGGGCAGAGCUGGUCGUGUUCAACCAGGAGAAUGCUAUCACUUAUAUCCAAGAUGCAUGUAUGAUGCUUUUGCAGAAUAUCAACUUCCAGAGCUUCUUAGAACUCCCUUAAAUUCUCUUUGCUUGCAAAUUAAAAGUUUGCAGGUCGGCAGUAUUGCUGAGUUCUUGUCUGCUGCUUUACAGCCACCAGAACCUCUCGCUGUUCGAAAUGCAAUUGAUUUUCUGAAGCUGAUUGGAGCUCUGGAUGAAAAGGAGAAUUUAACAAAUCUUGGGCGAUAUUUGUCGAUGCUUCCUGUUGAUCCAAAGCUUGGCAAGAUGCUUAUAAUGGGUGCAGUCUUUCGUUGCCUUGACCCAGUUCUUACAAUUGUUGCUGGAUUGAGCAUGAGGGAUCCAUUUCUGUUACCCCAAGAUAAGAAAGAGCUAGCAGGAACAGCAAAAUCAAGAUUCUCUGCCAAGGACUACAGUGAUCAUAUGGCUCUUGUCCGUGCUUAUGAAGGGUGGAAAGAUGCAGACAGGGAAGGUUCGGCUUAUGAAUAUUGUUGGAGGAACUUUUUGUCUGCUCAGACAUUUCAAGCCAUCCAUUCUCUUCGAAAGCAGUUUAACUUCAUCCUAAAGGAUGCGGGCUUGUUAGAUGGUGAUGCUAACAUCUGCAAUAGCUUGAGUCAUAAUCAGUCACUGGUUCGUGCUGUCAUCUGUUCUGGCCUCUUUCCUGGCAUAGUUUCUGUAGUGCACAGAGAAAAAUCCAUGUCAUUCAAAACAAUGGAUGAUGGCCAAGUUCUACUAUAUGUUAACUCUGUAAAUUCACGGUAUCAGACAAUCCCAUACCCUUGGCUCGUUUUCAGCGAAAAAGUGAAGGUUAAUGCUGUGUUUAUACGUGAUUCCACUGGAAUAUCCGACUCCAUAUUGAUCCUCUUUGGGGGGAUUAUUACUCGUGGGUCUAUGGCUGGACACUUGAAAAUGUUGGAAGGCUAUAUUGAUCUCUUCAUGGAACCAAGUAUGGCAGAGUUGUAUUGGAACCUCAAGGAGGAGCUGGAUAAGCUUAUGCAAAGAAAGCUUGAAGAUCCAACUCUGGACAUUCACAAAGUGGGCAAAUACCUUAUGCUUGCAGUGCAAGAGUUGGUAUCGGCCGACCAAUGUGAAGGAAGGUUUGUGUUUGGCCGUGAAUCCAAGAAAAGGCCUUCUGAUGCGAAUUCAAGUAUCAAACAUCACACAAACCCUAAAAGCUUACUUCAAACUCUCCUGAUGAGGGCUGGUCAUACACCUCCUAGAUACAAGACUAAGCAUCUUAGGACCAACGAGUUCAGGGCAUUGGUGGAGUUCAAGGGAAUGCAGUUCGUAGGAAAACCAAAAAGGAACAAACAGCUUGCAGAGAGGGAUGCGGCCAUUGAGGCCUUAGGAUGGUUGACACAGACUUCUGAUAAGAAGGAUGAAGAAGAUGAUUCGCCUCCAGACCUCACUGAGAACAUGUUUAAGCUGCUCACCAAGCCCAGGAAAUCAAAGCACCGAAGAAGUUGAAUGAUACUCAAACAACGAGAAUUUCUUGUCACAGACAGAGAUUUAUUGCCAUCUCCAGCAUGGAGGAGGGCAAGCAUUUGUAGCAUCCCAACACUUCAACCAUGUGGAACGGGUGAUGCAAGGCAAUCUGAUUCGGUUGCAAUGAAUCGGCAACCCAAGACAAACAUGAAGCGUAACACCUCACUGAAUCAUGUGUUUGUGCAUCCACACUGGCUUCUUGCAUAGAACGUUAACAGCUUCAGCGACAAGAUAAUUUGGGCUGCACAUUGGCACCACCUGGUAGACUUGCCUCAUGGAAGAUUGAAGGCAGAUGUCUGUAUUUGUGUGGUCACAGAUGUGCCUGGACGUGCAUGAUCAUGUGCAUACUUGUAAUUGAAGGAAUGUACAUACAUAAAGUGGCCAUGCACCUUGAACGAAUAAUGAGUUAUUAUAAAUGAAGCAACCACAAUAUAUUAGCAA